AUGGAGCCCCAAAGUCAACAUGGCAGUGGUGGUUCGCUAGUGGUGAUUCAGCAGCCCUCCUUGGACAGCCGGCAACGGCUGGACUAUGAAAGAGAGAGCCAGCCAGCAACUAUCUUGUCGCUGGACCAGAUCAAGGCGAUCAGGGGCAGCAAUGAAUACACGGAAGGUCCAUCUGUGGUGAAAAAAUCUGGCCCGCGGACAGCACCGAGGCAAGAGAAGCAUGAACGGACUCACGAGAUUAUACCGAUUAAUGUGAAUAACAAUUACGAACACAGACCCAGUCACACAGGGCAUGUGGCACAUCAGCAUAACGCGAGGGCUCCCGUCUUGAGCAGGUCGACCAGCACGGGGAGCGCGGCUAGCUCUGGGAGCAACAGCAGCGCUUCCUCGGAGCAGGGCCUGCUGGGGUGGUCACCUCCGUCCAGGCUGGGCUCCGGCCACCGAUCCGAUCGGACAAUCCGGACGCAGCCCAAGCAGUCGUCGCUGAUCGUAGAUGAUCUGAAGGGUCCUUUGAAAGAGGACUUGACGCAGCACAAGUUUAUCUGCGAACAGUGUGGGAAGUGCAAGUGCGGCGAGUGCACGGCCCCGAGGGCUCUCCCUUCCUGCCUGGCCUGCAACCGGCAGUGCCUCUGCUCUGCGGAGAGCAUGGUGGAGUACAGCACCUGCAUGUGUUUGGUCAAAGGGAUCUUCUACCACUGCUCCAACGACGAUGAAGGGGACUCCUACGCGGAUAACCCCUGCUCUUGUUCCCAGUCACACUGCUGUUCUAGGUACCUGUGCAUGGGAGUGAUGUCCUUGUUCCUGCCUUGCUUGCUCUGUUACCCUCCUGCAAAAGGAUGCCUAAAACUCUGUCGAGGGUGUUACGACCGCGUCAAUCGUCCAGGUUGCCGAUGCAAGAACUCCAACACAGUCUAUUGUAAACUUGAGAGCUGCCCCUCCCGGGGUCAGGGCAAGCCCUCAUGA